AUGGUGGGCACCACACUCCUGCUCCUGGCCCUGCUCCCUGGGACCGCCACUGUGCUCAAUGAACAACUUGCACUCCCGUUCCCUGGGGCCCCUGGCCCCUGGCUGCGCAGACCCCUUUUCAGUCUGGAUUUAUCAGACACAGAGGAUUCAUUUCCCCGCCGCACUGGACCACUGGAGGUUCCAGCCGACAGCCAUGUGUUUGUGCAGGCGGCUCUGGCCCGUCCUUCACCGAGAUGGGGCCUGGCCCUGCACCGCUGCUCCCUAACGCCUUCCUCACGCCCGGCCCUGGGGCCUGCUCUGGUGCUUCUACGUGGGGGCUGCCCCGCCGACGCCUCUGUCAGCUUCUCACCACCUCCACACCCGGAUGCUGCUCGCCCCGCACGCUUCAGCUUCCGCCUGCGCCCGGUAUUCAACGCCUCAGUGCAGUUCUUGCACUGCCAGAUAAGCCGUUGCCGUCGUAGCCAGCGCCACCGGGCUGUCCGCCAGACACCAACGCCUCUGACCCCGCCGGCGCCUCCGCAGUGUCUGCCUCAGGAUGAGGCAUGCGCAGGCAGCGGUGAGAGCCUUGGUACCGACAGCCCGCUCCUGCACACUCUGACGCAGCCCAUCGUGGUCACAGUACCUCGUCCGCCCCCUAGGCCGUCCAAGAGUAUCCCAGGCAGGGCCGUGCGCCCCGAGCCGUCCGCUCCAGCCGCUGCAGCCUUGGAGCCGGCACCAGUGGUGGCGUUGGUGUUAGCGGCAUUCGUGCUGGGUGCUGCGCUAGCUGCAGGGCUCGGUCUCGUCUGCGCGCACUCAGCACCUCCAGCUCCCGGCCAGCCUCUUAGAGCUUCGCCCAGCGGCUCUCAGCUCCAGAGGUCCUCGUAGGCAGAGACGCCACAACCCGGUGAAGUCCUCCGAUGCAUCCAGUCAUGGAUUCAGAACCUUUUGGGAGGACUUCUGCACGUCUCUCCUCCAUCACCCCCUUCUCGUCUUUACUCCCCUGGUUCAAAAUAAAUUGCUG